CGCGGCGGCGCGGGCUCUGGAGCCCCGAGCCGAGGCAGCAACGCCGACGCCCUGCGCGCACCCCCUCCGCGGCCCCCUCCUCCGCGGCUCCGCGGCCUCCAUCUUCCUCUGGCUGCCGGUGGCAGCGCUCGUCUGCGGAGCGGGGUUGAAAGACACACAGAAGUCUUCAUGGAUAUAGUUGAUACAUUUAAUCAUUUAAUUCCUACUGAACACUUAGAUGAUGCCCUAUUUCUAGGAUCCAACCUGGAGAAUGAAGUCUGUGAGGAUUUUAGUACAAGUCAAAAUGUCUUAGAGGACUCGCUGAAGAACAUGCUCAGCGAUAAGGAUCCUAUGCUAGGAUCUGCAAGUAACCAGUUCUGUUUGCCUGUUUUGGAUAGCAAUGAUCCCAAUUUCCAGAUGCCUUGUUCAACAGUUGUUGGUCUUGACGAUAUUAUGGAUGAAGGAGUUGUUAAAGAAAGUGGUAAUGAUACCAUUGAUGAAGAAGAAUUGAUUUUACCUAACAGGAAUUUGAGGGACAGAGUAGAAGACAAUUCAGUGAGAUCACCAAGAAAAUCACCUCGUUUAAUGGCACAAGAACAAGUAAGAAGUUUGCGACAAAGCACUAUUGCCAAGCGUUCAAAUGCAGCGCCUCUAAGCACAAAAAAGCCACCUGGGAAGACUGUAUCUACCCCUAAAGUAGGGGUGAGACCGUCAGAGAGAAGUCACAGUAAAGAAGAACUUCACACAUCUCUGAAAUCUGAAUACCCCAAGGAGAGUAGAAGGAGUAGCCGGCAUGCUGAGCCAGUCAAUGUGGUGCCAGAAGUCUCAGCAUCUUCUGUUGAUUCUUCAGUGUCGCCUUGUGUUGAAAUGAAGGAUGAAGCUGAAUUGGAUCCCAAGCGUACAUGUAAUAACCAGGGGGAAGUAAAUGUGCCAUCUCAUGAGUUAAAUUGUCCACUUCUUUCAGAGACUUGUGAUAGUAUAGAAGAAAAGAAAAAUGAAGUUCUGAUAGAAUGUAAACCUAAGAGUGAUCGUAGCCCAUUGUUUAAGUUUUCAGAUAAGGAAGAUGAACAGAAUGAUCUUGUUUCAGGUGAAAUGGACGACACUAUUGAAGAUAGGGGCACAAUGGGAAAACUUGAACAAGAAUUAGAGGAGAUAAAGCUACCCUGUGAAGAUGACCAGAUGAUGGAGGAACCUGUAUCUUCUGAUGUGUCUAGUGACUCUGUCUGUACAGAUAAAAAUAAGACAGAAAAGAAUGAACCGGCUGAAUGUAAUUUGGAAUUGAAGAAUACCAUAGGUAUUGUUGAUAAAGCUGAAGACUGUCUUCCUAGAAGUCAAAUGGAAACAUCAGGAUAUUGUGAGGACAUGGGAUCUAGUGAUGUUCAAUUGCAGAGUACAGAGUUUAAUAAAUCAAAUUUGGAGGAGGUUGAUACUUGUGCAUUUGAACCAGAAACUAGUACUUUGGAAAACACUGUUUGUGAUGUUCCUGACCAAAAUUCAAAGCAGUUGAAUAUUACUCAAAGUAUUAAAAUAGAUUCUCAUGAGACAACAGAUCUUCAGGAUGAUAUAAGCGGUUUAGAACUCAAAAAUGUAAAAUCUAAGCACUUAAAGUCUACAACUCAUUCUAAACAAAGUAUGACCACAGAGACUCCAAGAAAAACUGCUGCAGUGAAGCAUGAAGUAGUUCAUAGCAAAACUAAAUCUAAUGUCAAGAGUGUGAAGCGAAAUGCUGACGAACCAGAGCCUCAGCAUGAUUUUCAGAGGCCGGCCAAAGUGAGGAAAGGACAACUUGAUAAGGAGUCGAAGAGUCUGAGUUGUAAUUCUGGGGUUAAAUCUAUAAAAAGCCAGUCUCAUUCUGUAUUGAAAAAAACCUCACAGGAUCAAAAUGUAAUGCAAGUUUCCAAACCUUUAACUCAUUCUCUUAGUGAUAAGCUUCAUGGUCACUCUGGCUGCUCUAAGGAGCCUCAUCACCCUGCACAAACUGGACACUUGCUGCAUUCCAGCCAGAAACAGAGCCAUAGGCCUCAACCACAGGCACCAGUGAAAGUCACUAGCCAUGUGAAGGAUGAGCAUGAGCAUCCAGGCAGUGAGCAUCUUAAGGAGGAGGAUAAACUGAAACUUAAAAAACCAGAGAAAAACCUACAGCCUCGCCAAAGGAGAAGCAGUCGAAGUUUUUCUCUGGAUGAGCCUCCUUUGUUCAUUCCAGACAACAUAGCUACUGUAAAAAAAGAAGGGUCAGAUCAAAUCUCCUCAGUUGAAAGCAAAUAUAUGUGGACUCCCAGCAAGCAAUGUGGGUUUUGUAAAAAACCACAUGGCAACAGGUUUAUGGUUGGCUGUGGGAGAUGUGAUGACUGGUUUCAUGGUGACUGUGUUGGGUUAAGUCUUUCCCAAGCACAACAAAUGGGAGAGGAAGACAAAGAAUAUGUUUGUGUAAGAUGUUGUGCUGAAGAAGACAAAAAGACUGACAUAUUAGACACAGAUAUUUUGGAAGACCAAACUACAUUUGAAGCCCACAGUGAAGAGAAAACCAUGGAGUGUGAAAAGCUCGGGUCAUCGAAGCACAUGGUAGCGAAUGAUAAAAGCAAGUACAUGAAUGAUAAUGUAAAGCACAAGGUCAAAAUUUUAAAACGGGAGGCUGGUGAGGGAAAAUCUUCAUCUGACAGUAGAGAUAAUGAAAUUAAAAAAUGGCAGCUAGCUCCUCUUCGGAAGUUGGGACAACCAGUUUUACCUCGGAGAUCAUCAGAUGAAAAAAGUGAAAAAAUACACAAAGAAUCUACAACUGUUACUUGCACAGUAGAAAAAGCAUCAAAAUCAGGUACACAUGAGAAGCAAGAGAUGAAAAAGAGGAAAGUUGAAAAAGGAGGACCUCAUGUGCACCCCCCUGCUGCUGCUUCCAAACCCUCUGCAGAUCAAAUCAGACAGAGUGUCCGGCAUUCUCUUAAAGAUAUUCUUAUGAAAAGACUUACAGACUCAAAUUUGAAGGUCCCAGAGGAAAAGGCAGCAAAGGUUGCCACAAAAAUUGAAAAAGAGCUUUUCUCUUUUUUUCGAGACACAGAUUCCAAGUAUAAGAAUAAAUAUAGAAGCUUGAUGUUCAAUCUAAAAGAUCCUAAAAACAAUAUAUUAUUUAAAAAAGUACUAAAAGGAGAAGUAACCCCUGAUCAUCUUAUAAGAAUGAGUCCAGAAGAACUAGCCUCUAAAGAGUUAGCUGCGUGGAGACGAAGGGAAAACAGACACACUAUAGAGAUGAUUGAGAAAGAGCAAAGAGAAGUGGAAAGACGACCGAUCACAAAAAUAACUCAUAAAGGGGAGAUAGAAAUUGAGAGUGAUGCCCCAAUGAAAGAACAGGAAGCAGCCAUGGAGAUACAGGAACCUUCAGCCAAUAAGUCAUUGGAGAAGCCAGAAGGAUCUGAAAAACAAAAAGAGUCUGACUCCACAUCUAAAGAUACCACCAGUCAACACAGACAGCAUCUCUUUGAUCUGAACUGCAAAAUAUGCAUAGGUCGAAUGGCACCACCUGUAGAUGAUCUUUCUCCAAAAACCGUGAAAGUUGUUGUGGGAGGAGCUCGCAAACAUUCGGACAACGAAGCAGAAAGUAUAGCAGAUGCCUUGUCUUCAACUACAACUAUUCUGGCUUCAGAAUUCUUUGAGGAAGAGAAACAGGAGUCUCCCAAAUCAACGUUCUCUCCUACGCCACGUCCAGAGAUGCCUGGAACUGUUGAAGUUGAGUCUACCUUCCUGGCUCGAUUGAACUUCAUCUGGAAAGGUUUUAUCAAUAUGCCAAGUGUGGCAAAGUUUGUUACCAAAGCCUACCCUGUGUCUGGAUCCCCUGAGUACUUGACAGAGGACUUACCAGACAGUAUUCAAGUAGGUGGCAGGAUAUCACCUCAGACAGUUUGGGAUUACGUGGAAAAGAUAAAAGCCUCAGGAACCAAGGAAAUCUGUGUGGUUCGCUUCACACCAGUAACUGAAGAAGAUCAAAUUUCUUAUACUUUGCUGUUUGCAUACUUCAGUAGCAGAAAGCGUUAUGGCGUAGCUGCUAACAACAUGAAGCAGGUUAAAGAUAUGUACCUUAUUCCUUUGGGUGCUGCAGAUAAAAUUCCACACCCUCUUGUGCCUUUUGAUGGACCUGGACUCGAACUGCACAGACCUAAUCUGUUGUUGGGCCUCAUUAUUCGUCAGAAGCUGAAGCGGCAGCAUAGCGCUAGUGCUGGUCCUAGUCACACAGCUGAGACUCCUGAGACUGCCCCAGUAGCCUUGCCACCUGACAAAAAGGGUAAACUGGACUCAUCUCUGGAGGAAACCGCUGAGGAGGAGAAUGACUUUUUCAAUUCCUUCACAACUGUGCUGCACAAGCAGAGAAACAAGCUCCCUCAGCCGAUGCAGGAAGACCUGCCCACAACCACCGAACCUCUGUUGGAAGUCAAUAAGCCAGAGCCGCCAAAACCCUUGCGGUUCCUUCCUGGGGUCCUUAUAGGCUGGGAAAAUCAACCCUCUACUUUGGAAUUAGCAAAUAAGCCUCUUCCUGUGGAUGAUAUACUCCAAAGCCUUUUGGGCACCACUGGUCAAGUGUAUGAGCAGGCUCAGCCUUCUGGAGAACAAAGUACUGUCAAAGAAAUUCCUUUUAUAGAUGAUCAAACCAACCCAAAAGUAGAGAAAAUAGAUAAAGUGGAAGUAGCUGAAGGUGAAGCCAAGGAGAUAAAAGUUAAAGCAGAUAAUAUUUCAGAAUCUAUAGGUAAAAAUUCAGGAGUAGAAGACACUUCAUUAGUGGGCUGCCCUUCCAUUUCCCCAGGGCCUUUGGCGAGUCUUAGUCUGAGAGGGAAACCACCAGAUGUUUCUACAGAAGCAUUCUUAACAAAUUUAUCAAUUCCAUCAAAACAUGAGGAAACUAUGGAGAACAAAGACAGAACAUUAAAAAGACAGCUGCUCCAAGAUCAAGAGAGUAGUUUGCAAGAUACUCGAAAGGGAAGCGUAGAUGGGAAUGUGAGUUGCAGUGAAAAUGUGGUUGCUAACACAAGGCCCCCCCAGGUUAUCAAUCUGAAAAGGGACCCUAGGCAAGCAGCUGGACGAAAUCAGCAGACAACCUCAGAAAGCAAAGAUGCAGAGAGCUGCCGAAAUGGAGACAAGAGUGCUCUGCCUGGUCCAUCGCACAGCAAAGAGCUCUUAGCAGAAUCCAUCAGUGGGGAGGGAAAACUGUCUUCCAUAGAGAGGAACUCAUGUGUAGAGCAGAAUGAUGAUUCUGAGACUACACAAAACCCAUCCUCAGUGGAAAACGUAAAUUCUUCACAGACAGAACAAGCCAGUCCUUUACAGGAGGAUAUUUUAACACAAAGUAUUGAAACCGUUCACCCAUUUAGAAGAGGAUCCACUACAGCAUCAUCUCAUUUUGAAGCUGGAAGUACAUGCCAGUCAGAAUUUCCUUCUAAAAGCAUCAACUUUACUUCUAGGAGUACCAGCCCCAGGGCAAGUGCAAACUUUUCACCUGUGAGGCCACAGCAGCCCAAUCUCCAGCAUCUCAAGUCUAGUCCUCCUGGGUUCCCAUUUCCAGGACCUCCAAACUUCCCUCCCCAAAGUGUGUUUGGAUUUCCACCACAUUUGCCACCUCCGUUACUUCCCCCUCCAGGCUUUGGUUUUCCUCAAAACCCUAUGGUUCCUUGGCCACCUGUUCAUCUCCCAGGCCAACCUCAACGAAUGAUGGGGCCGCUUUCACAAGCAUCAAGGUAUAUGGGCCCACAAAAUUUUUAUCAGGUCAAAGACAUACGGAGACCAGAAAGGCGCCAUAGUGACCCUUGGGGUAGGCAAGACCAACAACAACUAGACAGGCCAUUCAAUAGGGGUAAAGGGGACCGCCAGAGAUUUUACAGUGAUUCACACCACUUGAAAAGAGAGCGUCAUGACAAAGAAUGGGAGCAAGACUCUGAAAGACACAGACACAGAGACAGAAGCCAAGAAAAAGACAGAGACAGGAAAAACAAAGAGGAAGGACAUAAGGAACGGGCACGGGCAUCACAUAGUGAUCGAGCGACAGAUGGAAAAAUAGGCAGAGAGAGUAAGAAUGCAGACAAGAAACCGGACCAUGAAAAGGAGAAGGAACGAGAGAAGAAUAAGCAUAGAGAAGGGGAGAAGGACAGAGAGAGGUACCAUAAAGACAGGGACCAUACUGACAGAGCAAAAAGCAAAAGGUGAAAUUUGCAGGCUGCUUCAACGUCGCAUUUAAAAAACUAUUAGAUGUUGUGUAUCUUUAUAAGAUCGCCUGGUAGGACUGUUCCACCUUUUAAAUCUUUCCUCUUGGUGGUCUGCAGAGCAGUCAGCUGCUGGAGCAGGUCUGCACAGUGCCCACCAUCCACCAUCCUACUUCCAGGAAUUUAAUAUUUUUGAAAGUUUUACAAUGCUGUAUAUUCAAAGAUUGUUUUAUUAAUAUGCAAUAAAGGCUUAGAAAUUUUAGUUUUAUUCCUUAAUUGUUAAAUAUGGUUAACUAUGAAAUAUAUUUACUGCCUCUAGUGAAUGUCCUUUAUAUAAUGACUAAUUUGAAAGUAACCUGUGCUCUGUACAUUUGUUUUCAAUUGCACUGUUUUUAAGGAAAAUGUAGAGGAGCAACAAAAAAGCCAAGCGACUUCAUAAUCAGACCAUAUUAAUCAUCUAGUUGGGCAAUUUUUGACCAUGAAUCAGAAGCCCAAGGAGUCCACUUAUUGCUUUAAUCUGUACUCAUUGAAGGCAUUUCUUACCAUGUCCUGUAGUUUGUGGUAGGCCAUAUUCCUUUCCCUUCUGGCUCUUCAGAAACUUGAAUACUUAAGCUUGUACAUGAUCUUGUGUUUUGCUAUCCUUUUUACUGUAAAAUGUAAAUAUUUUAAGGGAUAUUUUGAUUCUAAAUAUGAUAAAAGAAUUUCUCACCUGCUUUGUGUGUGUGAUUUGAAAUUCAGUAGUGAGAGGUUCCUCAAAGCUUCUUUUCCGUGAGACAUUCAUUGUUCUUCUACCCCGAAAGGAUGUGUAGACACAGUGUCAGACAUGACCAGCAGGGAAUGGUUGGUUUUCAGUCUGAUGUACCACUUCUAAAGAGACUAGUACGUAGACCUGCCAGCAGGGAGCUUUGCAGUUAUCCACUUAGUUGCUAUUAUGAUUCUGAACACUUAUAUAUGAUCAAACUUUGUUAUACAGGACUCAGUAAUCAUUGUAAAACUGCAGAACUUUUAAGUGAAAUGUAUUUUGAAAUUUUUUUUUGUAAAAUGAUUUUGUUUGUAGGGCAACUGUAAAAUUGAAUAUACCAGUUUGACUUGAAAUAGAAAAUACAUGAGACUGUU